UCAGGCAGAGACCAUGGCACAACGAUCGCGCGCUCGACAGUCGCCACAGGGCGGUUGCUGUAGCUCGGCGACCUAAGCGGCGGGGGCGAGGGGCGUGCUCGGCAACGGGAUGAGAACCACGCAGCAUGCCAGAUGACGAGGGCGGUGAGGUGCGGCUGUGGCGGCGUGGUGGCACCGGCGAGGUGCUGGAUCAGGUACCGAGAGCGGAGGGGAAAGAUAGGCGUUCGGAUCAGCUACCGCUCCUGCCCCCAGUUCGUCCUCUGCAACUACGGCAAUUUCGACGGUGUUUCGUUUAGAUCGAUCUCCUCUGAGACGUCGUCCGCAUCGGGAGCGUGAUGGAUUGAGCGACUGAAGGAGAAAACCAUCCCAGUUGUUCUGCGCAUUAUGCGAACUGUAUUACAAUAAGACUGAACAAUAGGACACAAGCAUCUGUGAAUCAAGCUGGAAGUUGAAACUAGUGAGAUGUGAAGCAGCUAUUAACACCUUGUGCCAACUCGGGAGGUGAUUGCAAGAUGUGGUGGAGUAACUGAAUGGAUGGAUGGUUGGGUACAUUGAUUUUGGAGAGUUCAAGGGCCACGCCAAGUUUUUAACAGAACUCAUUUUUUAAGUGAACUUAUUAUUUCAAACAGCCUGAAUUUUGUGCGUGAGCUCCUGCCAGUAUUAUUUGGCAUCACAUUUCCCCGUCUGACAGAAUUUCUUAUGAAUAAAAAUGACCAAGAUUUGCCUGGAAUUUGGUGUCAGCAACUUGUUUUCGAAUACAGGGCUUUGAAAUUGUACAUGGACAUAGCAUAAGUUUUUUUUUCCCUUCAAAUAUAAGAGUAUUGCCUACUCCCUCCAUACCCAAAAAACCUGACGUUUAGGACAGGAUUGUGGUAACCAAGGAGUGAUUAAUUAGGGGUUAGUUUUCCUUAUUUGCCUCUAAUAAAUAUGGUUGCACUUGCUCUCUGUACGAGAAAGUUAACCAGCUCAACUGGCUAGUGCGCGGAGCCUGCAUUGCUGCGCCCCAGGUUCGAAUCCCGGCUGCCCCACCUUUUUUGUUGCCCACUUCAUUUUGCAUGGCGAUGGUCCGCUGCAUGGCACUGUUCGCCCUGCGUGGCGCGCGCGGACAGCAGUUUUGCUCGGCGACUGCAUUCCCACCUUUUUUGUUGCCCACUUCAUUUUGCAUGGCGAUGGUCCGCUGCAUGGCACUGUUCGCCCUGCGUGGCGCGCGCGGACAGCAGUUUUGCUCGGCGACUGCAUUCCCACCUUUUUUGUUGCCCACUUCAUUUUGCAUGGCGAUGGUCCGCUGCAUGGCACUGUUCGCCCUGCGUGGCGCGGACAGCAGUCUUGCAUGCGCGCGGGGCAAUUGUUUUAUUUUCGUUUGGCACUUGUUUCAUUUUCGUUUGUUGCCUGCGCGCUCGGAUAGCUGAUGGUUCGUGCUCGUUUGGAAUAAGAAGACCGACGUUUGAGCUGCCUGUACUCCACGCCACUGGCUUAUUUAUGCGGCAACUUGCUUUCUCUCUUCUCCACGCCAUUUGCUUGCUUGCUUAAACGUCUCUCUUUCCUUCUUUCUCAACCAUCUAUUCUUGCCAUCUUCUCUGUCCACUUAACCGAGCAAUGAGUGCUUUUUUCCCUGCCUUUGAUCUAAACGUUCGUUUGGAAGAAGAUGAUGACGGCAACCUUCCCAUCGAUCUCAACGAGCCAGUUUUGGAAGAUGAGAACCACGGAAUAGAUUUGAACUUACCAUUAGAUGAAUUUGGAGCUGUUGACUUUGAUUACGUACAAAACCUCACUGAACAAGAUGGUGAUGCUCCCGUUCCACUACACCAACCGAAGAAUGACUAUUCUGAUCGUGUUAGACAACAAGUGUAUCAAGCAUUGUUGAUGAGAAGCAAAAAUGGGAAACUAGGCAACCAUGAUACAACAAUUGUAUCUAACCAAUUUGGAGUAAAAAUUAGAUCAGUUCAGCGCAUAUGGAGGCAAGGUAAAAACAAACUUUCUCAAAACAUUCCGGUCGUGGUUCCUAAUCUAAAGAAAGGUAGAAGUGGCCGCAAAGCAAUCCCUCUAGAUUUGGAAAAGUUGCGGGAUAUUCCUCUCAAGCAAAGGAUGACCAUAGAAGAUGUGUCUAGUAAACUUGGUAUUAGCAAAUCUAGGAUACAAAGGUAUUUGAAAAGGGGUUUCAUUAGACGCCACUCUAGUAGCAUCAAACCUUACCUCACUGAUGAUAACAAGAAGACUAGGUUGAAGUGGUGCAUUGACAUGAUUGAUCAAGGUUUGCUUGAUGAUCCAAAGUUCAAGGAUUUGUUUGACUUUGUGUUUAUUGAUGAGAAGUGGUUCUACCUCACUCAAAAAUCAGAGAGGUACUACUUGCUACCCGAGGAAGAUGAACCACACCGCCUUUGCAAGAACAAGAACUACAUCCCUAGGAUCAUGUUCUUAUGUGUAUGUGCUCGGCCACGAUUUAGAAAUGGAGUAUGUGUGUUUGAUGGCAAAAUAGGUUGCUUUCCACUAGUCAAUUUUGAACAAGCUAUUAGAGGAAGCCACAACCGUCUUCGUGGAGAGGAAGUAAUCAAACCAAUUCAAUCAAUCACAAGGGAUGUGAUAAGAGAUUUCAUGAUAAAUAGAGUGUUGCCCGCAAUUAGAGCAAAGUGGCCAAGAGAAGAUGUCAACAAGCCAAUAUUCAUUCAACAAGAUAAUGCUCCAUCUCAUUUAAAAGUUGAUGAUCCUCAUUUUUGUGCGGUUGCAAAGCAAGAUGGGUUUGACAUUAGACUUAUAUGUCAACCACCCAAUUCUCCAGAUUUUAACAUUCUAGAUUUGGGGUUUUUUCGAGCUAUUCAAGCCAUUCAAUACAAGAAAGAUGCUAAAACAAUUAAAGAUCUAAUUCCAGCCGUGCAAGAGGCAUUUUUGGAGUACUGUCCAAAGAAAGCAAAUAGGAUCUUUGUCACACUACAAACUGUUUUGAAGGAAGCAAUGAAGGUAAAAGGUUGCAACAAAAUCAAGAUUCGUCACAUGAACAAACAAGCACUAGAGAGGGAAAAGAGGCUGCCAUUGCAAAUCCCUUGUGAAGCUUCAUUGCUAGCCGAAUCACUUGCUAGUCUUCCUGUAACAAAUUAGAAGAUGCAAGUUUAUGCAAAUUAUUAGAUGAGUGUAUCUUAGGUUUGCAAUGGCCAAAUUGAGAGAUGCUGUACUGUACCUUAGUGCUCUUUGUUUGCUGCUUCUUAAUAUGCUCUUCCACCUUCUUCAAAA